CAAAAGAGCAAACCAAAAACCAAUCUCACCAAACAAAACAAAAACAAACUAACACAGCAAAAAUCCAAAAUUAUAAUAAAAAUCUUCUAUGUAUCCCCGGUAAAAAUCGCAAAAAAUCGAAAAAACCAAAAAAAUUAAUUAAAAAACGAUAAUAUACAUGAAACGAAAAUACUAACAAUAUUGCUGCCCACCAAUCGCCGGACAACCAGGAUUCAAACGGCCGCCGACAUGCGCUAUCUGCACGACUUGAAUGUCCAAAUAUCCCAGAACCGUCGAUCCGUCUCCGUGUCCAAGCAAUUGGAUCGGGAUCUGUGCAACCAGCACUUCGACACGUUCGAAACCUUUUGGGGACGGCCAGGACAUGGAGCCCGGGGCGAAAACAUCAACAAAUUAAAGUUGGACAAUCUGCUGUACGGCGCCAGCGAGUCGGCCUAAGGCAAAAAGGAUGCCUGUAUGGUUAAGGAUACCCUUGGGAUAUAUAUAAUAUAUAUCCCCAUUAAAUCACUGGCUCGUAGUUUGUGUGCUCCCAAUCAUCUGCUCAGAAAUCAAUCGAAGCCAAAGGCCACGCAGAGUGAACUACUAUACCAGUUUAGACGAUCUAUAAAAUAAUGAAAAAAAAAAUUUUGAGGGUUUGCUAUUUAUAAUUCUGGCUUAAAUAUCAAUAGUUUAUUGUUAUGUUCUCCAAAAUGAUUUUCAAAUGUUGACGCUCUCAUUAGAACACUAGUUUUUACUACCAAUUUUACCGGAUUCAGAUAUAUAAAUAGCAACCUGGGUAACACAUUAUUCUGUCUCUGUAAAGAUUUUGCCAACUUGCGCGUUUAGUAAGUUGACCAAAGUUUUGAGUAAGUCUGCUGGGUUUUAAAAGAAAAGGGCAGAGAAAAAGGUCAAUGCUAUGUCCCAACUUAAAAAAAAUCACAUUUUAAAUACCUAGUAAAAAGUAAGUGAGAAAUCCUUACCCUUUAAGCGAUUCUUUAGUUUUAAUUUUAAGUCCUGGUUGUAAAACUUUUUGGAAAUUGUUAGUCUCGUAAUAAGUCUUAAACUUGAAUCCUAAUUUGAAACAUAAGGGUGUAAUUUUACUGAUUGAUUAUAAAAUAUCUGUAGAUAUAAGUAUAUAAAUAUCUUGUAAAUACAAAACAAUCAAUUCUGCAAUAAAAUACGUAACAUCUAAUAAAAACUAAAAGCACUGUGAUUUUAAAAAUCCCAACAAAACAAAAUCUGCAUUUAAAUUUUUGUUUUAAACCUUGAUUUAUUUGUAUACCUUCUUAGUUUUUUACAAAUUUCCUAUGGAAAUGAUGAAAACUGCAUUUUUUGAGAACAUAACUUGACCGAAAAGUCGAAUUCCGAACUUCAUCUGCCAUUCAAAUCAAUUGUGAAUUGAUGUGCUAAUGAAAAUACAUUUUCUUUUACUU